AUGCUGCUGGAUCUGCAGGGAGACAGCUCCUUACAGGUGGAGAUUUCUGAUGCAGUGAGUGAGUGGGACAAGGUGAAGUUCACUGUUCAAACCAAGAGUGGUCUCCCUCACUUUGCUCAUCUGGAAUUCUCAGUGGUUCGGCAGCACAAAGAAUUCAUCUGGCUACAUGACACCUAUGUGGGAAACGAGGAGUAUGCUGGCCUCAUCUUGAGGAGGGAUUCCCCCACCCCUCCCAGGCCAGACUUUGAGGCUUCAAGGGCAAAGCUGCAGAAGUUGGGUGAGGACAACAGCUCCACCACCCAGGAAGAGUUUGCCAAGAUGAAGCAGGAGCUAGAAGCAUGAUACUUGGCCAUCUUUAAGAAGACUGUUGCAAUGCAUGAAGUCUUCCUACAGCACCUGGCAGCCCAUCCUGUCUUGCAUCAGGAUCACUUCUUUGUCUUCUUAGAAUUCAGCCAGAGCCAGGCACUGAGUGUUUGAGAGAAGAACAGAAAGGAGGUCUUGGGAGGUUUCCUGAGAAGCAUUGUCAAAUCUGCAAAUGAAGUCCUCAUCACCGGCAUAACAGGGCUCAAGGUGACCUUCUGCCUGGGGCAGGGGAAGCCACUGGACCACCACACCCGAAUCUGAGGCACCUGCCAGAGGGCCAACCGAGUUAUGCACUCCCGCAAGUGCCUGGCAGAUGAACUCUGUACUGCUGCUCUGAGCAGUCUUGGAACCAGGGAAGUCAGCCAGCUGAAGAGGAGCUUUCUGAACCUGGCAGAGCUCUUUAAAUGACUGAGAAAGCUGGAAGGCAGGGUAAUCUCUGAUGAGCACCUGAAGCUAUCUGCAUGCUGAGAUACUACAAUGCAAGACUCCCAGGCAGCCAGGGACCUGCUGUGCAUGCUUCAGACACUGGCUGACAGUGAGAAUGCUAACAAGGCAUUGGACAAAGCUUGCAAAAGGAGCCGGUAAGUGCAGCCAGCAGAAAGCCACCAGAAGCUGUGCUGCCAGCGCUUUGAACACCUCUCUGAUUUUGCCAAGCAGGAGCUCAUGGACAGGUCCAACAGGGUCUCCUCUUUCUCAUUUGAGUGGGCAGAGCUGGAGCUCAAACAAGCCAAGGUGAGCACUCACUGCCCCUUUCUCCAUGUGCUCUCAUGCUGCUCCCACCUUCUUCCCCAUUAA